UCUAAAAUACACUAAAGGAUAUUGGGUUUUCAUGCUGCGCUAUUUUGUAUAGAUGACCUUACACAAAUGUACCAUGGUAACCAUAGCUGGGAGAUAAAGUAUAUGAUGACAAUUCAGGCAUCAAUUGUAAGUCUCAUGUUCAUAGUGCCCGUAAUAUGAUUGGUUGUAUAUAAGGCUCCUUUAACAAAGUAAGGUUGACCUUCACAUAACAUUUACCAUGGUAACCAUCCCACAUGAAUUUAUUAUUAUUUAACAGAAGUAAGAAUAAACCAGGCCUAACUAUUGUAUUUUGCUGGAAAUUAUUAUAAAUGAUGAUACAUUUUGGGGGAAAUACCAGAGACUAUAUAUGGCAACCAACCAUUUAUGCCUAAAUAUACUAUAUAUUCUGCUUGUUUAUAAAAUAAAACCACUAUAAUCAACAAAACAAAAUGACAAACAUUGUAUUUUGUCAGAAAUUAUGAUACCUUUUUGUAAAAAGAGAUACAAGAGACAAUCUUUAAAUGUUUCUUUGCAAAUAGACCAUUUACAGCAUAAUUUACAGCAAAAUACAAUAGUUAGGCUUUUUAAUACAUUUAUUUAUUGUUACAACAGUAAAGUUACAAUAAAUAAAUGUGGGAUCUCCUUCAAACAAUGCAAAAAUAUUUUAAAUGUUAUUUUCCUUUUAUAUUGUAGCCUAUUGCAGUACUUUAAUAGCCUAAGUAGUAGGUCUAUGGAAAUUUUGGCAGUAAUAUUUGGUAAAGGUUUAACAGUGUUGGAUUUUUAGAGUGGUAGUUUGGCCUACUAUCAUAAAGGGAUGUGGGAGCUGAUGAUGAGAGGGUCCCUCCUCCCUACACACUCAUUGAACACAUGCACACAUGCCCACCCGCUCAUUCACACUGGACUGAUCAACACACGGGCUUCUGUGAAACCUGUUACUGCCAACAAGAAAGGAAAAUAUUACAAUACUUAAUGCUUAUCUUUUCUUUUUGUACAAAAAAAUCGUUUACCGAGAGAAAUCUUGUUACUCAGCAUCUGCUGAGACUCGAAUCCAGCGCGUGGAGCGCGCCUGACGUGUACUGAGUGACAGGAGUAUUGAUCUUAAUAUGAGUCGGGCAGCGGAACCCGCGUGAAAGACGCCGUAUUUUUUGGGGGGGGACGGCGUUUUCGACCGUCAGCUUUCGUACGUAUACCCGGAGAAAUCCAUCAUCAAGCCUGUGUAAUUCUUCUGGACAUCGACUAAGCGGUAGCAUCCCUGAUGUGUGAAGCAAGCACUCAUUAAGAAGCAAUGCUCUUUUCCUACAAUUCGCUGAUAAGGACAUGGCAGGUCUGAGUGGGGUUGUGGCAGCAACGCUGUAACCGUGACCCUCGUCAAUAUGGUUUGCAGCGAACAGAGUUCUGGCACAUCAGUGCCCAAAAAGGAAACGCAGACCCGCAAGAAGCGGAAAUCCCGCCCUCAGGGUCUGCCUUCUCCUGCCCUUUGCUGCGCAUGCGGAUUGUGCAUCAUGUUGGCGGGCAUCAACAUCACCUUAGUGGGCGCCUUCGCCUUCAGCACGCUUGUGCCCUCUAGCAAUCCCCCGAUCAUCAUCGGACCGAUACUCCUACUGGUGGCAUUCUCCUUCUUCGGGGCUUGUUGCAUCUGCAGCCGCUUGCCUCCACCUCAAAGCUCUCGUCGCUCCAAAGGAGGUGGCGGUUUGGGCUUUAUGGGUCGGGGCGGAGGAGGGUUGGGUGGAGGGGCAGCGUUUGAGAUUGAAACCAGCGAGCACACAAUGCAGGACACCACAGCCGUGCAGCUCAGCCCCACCAACUCCCCCUGCUCCUCUCACGCCUCCAGCCCCGAAAGAGAGGCUCCCGCCACUGCCACGAACGCCACCGUCCCCGCCCCGGAGUACGUCCCUCCACGAGCCUGCAAGCUCUUCACUAUGGAGGCCAACGGACCCAGCUCAGCAGCCUUUUCUGCUUCUACAGGGGGUGGAGGGGCGGUCCGGCUCACUUUGCCCUCAGACUGCGCCGCCACUUAAGGCUGCCAGUUUAGGUCGCUCUCUGGAGAAGGGCUAGUAUUACGUUAUGUAAAUAGUUUUUCAGAAGGGAAGACAAGCACUUUGCGUGAAGAAUUCAUUUGAUUAGCACAGCUGGCUUGUGCCACGAGGUGCAUUAACAAUUGAAACGUUCGCAUAAAUCCAGCAGGUUGCUUUUCACAGUCUGCGAGGCCCAUGCCAUGUGUUCCUAAUAAAAAUGACAGAGGUAUGUGAGAAGCAUGUGAAGAGCUUUUGUGUUAUCUCAUGCUCCCGUAUCCAAAAAGAGAGAGCCUUGAAAGGUGAAUCACUGUGGCGUGCUUCACAUAUUCAUACUGUGCCACUGUUACUCAGAGCAUUCACAGUUACUGCGCUCAAAAGAGACAGAAUCAGCUGUUGUGUAAAGAUGGCUUUGGAAACGAGCCUAAGAAACAGAACGGAGAAAGACAUUACACUGCGCACUGUCAUAUGUCAGUGCACAGACCAAAAAACACAGAUGUUGUAUAUUUUCUCUUAAAUAUUUUCUUGUUGUCAUUUUAAACAUUAAAAUACAUUCGGCCCUUUUUUCGAUGACUCUCUGUGGCCGAACACUUUGGAUUUUGUCUUUAUCGGACGCUUAAAUAAGCCGUGACACUGUGCGAGAGCGCUGAUGUUUUUUUCAUGUGACUUAGAAAACGAGGUUGCUAAGGUGCCAUAGUUCAAGUUCAAAUUGGACAGAUAGUUUGAGUUCAGUGAUGGGCGGAAUAAAACCUUUAACGCAAUUAUAGUGCGAUUCACUUGAGGCUGUGUGGUGAAAAUGCAUAUUUGUUGACAAAACGUGCAUAUAAGCGUAUCGGCGCAUUCGCGUUUUUCAGCUGUACUCGUACUGUUGUUGCAUUUUGCUUGUUCUUGAGAGAUGUGACAUUAUUUAAGGAACAACAGCCCAUUUUUCGCAAAAAAAAAAAAACCUAGCUGCAAGCCUUCAGUCUUUAUUUUACACUGUGGUUUAUAAUGCUGCCAAGUAAAACGAUAUAUCUUUCCCUUAUGAUUGCCAAAGGCUGUUUUCUCCGCCUAGUAUCCCUCUUCUGUUGUCAAUACUUGUCUUACAUCAACAGCACAAUAACAUUUGAGUAUACUGCCUACAUCUACUCACAGUAUUCCUCCCCAAAAUGUCCUUUUUUCUUAUCUUGCUGUCUCUGGGCCCCCUGAUUAUCCUUUGCCCUUUGAAAGCAAGAGCCAGAAUUGUUCUCAAACAUGCCCUCUAUCACUGACCCGCACUAAUGGUUCAAGCCAAACAGCGAAAUAAUUUCCCUCAUGUUGAUUCUACCAGAGAGGUCAGCUAAAAGCAGCCGAAAAAGCAAAGGACAUUAUCCAGUUAUAACUUUUUAAGAAUGAAAAUGAUCUAAUACAAUUUGUAAAAGAUUUUAGAUUUUCUCUUAUCAUAUUCAUCAGUUCCAACCAGAUGAAAGGGCUGAUUUUUGAUGUAAUAAUUCUGUGCUUAGUGUUUCUUUUCAUUUUCUGAGUGCCAUUGCAUCUGUUAAUAUGUACUUUUAACUGUGUAAUAUAGUGAUGUAUAUUUAUUAGAAGUCAUAUGGGUCAGUAUGUGAUGAAUGCUGAAGAAAGGGCAAAAAUGAACAGCAUGCUUACAAACAGUGCACUGUUGCCACGGGGAAAAAAGUUCUUAAUGAAUUCAAGAGAAACAUUAAAACCCAUUGAUUUGCUUGUUUGUCACAGGCUCCACGUGAGAAGUUUUAAGGAAAGAAGAGGAGUUGGAUAGGGAGCCGUGGAAACAUGGGCACGUUUAUAUAACAUUAGACUCGACAAACUACGUCCACCUUUGUUUGUAAGCUGCUAUUUGCCAUCUACACAUCUGCUGUAGUCUGAAUGAAUUGAAUGCUGCCUUAAUAAUGACAGUGAUCUCAGGAUCAAACCAGUGAGGGCUACUCAAAUGUCCAAUGAGAACAUUUGGUGAUGUGGUAUUACUGUACUUAUAAAGAUGUUGUGUUGUUCAUUACUUUCUACCAUGUGUGUUUUUAAAAAGGUAUUUAAAUGGAGGGAAGUGCAAUGAGAUGCAGGUUUAAAAGUUUUGAUAAUGCCGAUUUAUUAGCGUUAUUGUUAUUAAUCUGGCAAUAGGCCACAUUGAGUAAAAUGAUGGAUGGAGAGUUGUUUUAAGUGUUGUUGGCACUGGAAAUUGAAUUGUGUCUUUUGUAAGUUGUACACAUCUUAAUUAUACACUGUUUAACUCCCA